AUGGAUACAGCUGGAAUUGACGAUGAGAAGCCGGACACCUCACACAAGCCAAUCGACUCAGUGCAGGACCUGGCCUACCAGCAGAAGCUGACCCAGCGAGUUCUAUUUAAGCUGGACACAAGAAUACUUCCUAUUCUAGCAAUACUCUUCCUUCUAUCCUUCUUGGACCGGACCAACGUCGGGAAUGCGAAAAUCAUCGGCCUCGAGGAAGACCUUGGAAUCACGGACCAUCAAUAUGAUAUAGGUCUGGCAGUGUACUAUCUCACUUAUGUUCUUAGUGAGCUUCCAAGUAAUCUUAUCCUCAAGAAAGCAUCCCCGAGGAUCUGGCUGCCCCUUAUCACAGCACUAUGGGGCGUGAUGACCAUGUGUUUGGGCUUCGUACGCAACUUCGCAGGUUUUGUUGCCGUACGAUGUCUGCUUGGUGCUUUUGAAGGUGGACUGCUACCUGGAAUGGUGUUGUAUUUGUCCUUCUUUUACAGACGAAGUGACUUGGCUUUGCGUAUUGGUCUGUUCUACACUGCAGCAUCAUUAUCUGGUGCUUUUGGAGGUCUCCUGGCCCGCGGACUGGCUGAAAUUGGCCCUCGAGGAGGGCUAGAAGGUUGGCGUUGGAUCUUCAUUAUCGAAGGAUUAUUGACAGUCACAUGUGCUGCUAUUAGUUACUUUGGCCUCCCAAAUAAUCCAACGACAGCGCCAUUUCUGACCAUUGAAGAGCGUGAGUUUGUUCGUGACUGGCUAUCCGGUGAUAAUCCAUGCGCACCAGCAGGCACCCUAGCAAGUGAACAAGAGAGUUUCCAAUGGUCCGAAGUACGCAGAGGUCUUCUGGAUCCUCGAAUGUGGCUCUCUGCAGCAGCGUACUUCUCUUUGCUGUCCGGAAUGUACUCCUUUGGGCUAUUUCUCCCAACAAUCAUCAAUGACAGCGGCUAUGCAGCAAACGAGGACCAAGUACAGUUGUGGUCCGUGAUUCCGUAUGCAGUGGCAGCGGUAUUCACCGUAAUGGUGGCUUUCUUUUCUGAUCGGCUGCAACUUCGAGGAACUCUCAUGCUUGUCACAAUCCCGCUGGCGAUCGCGGGCUAUGCGGCAAUUGCUAAUGUCCAAGGCGCACGCCUAAAAUACGGAAUGACUUUUAUCAUGGCCAUGGGGAUGUAUGGUAGUAUUCCGUGCAUUCUAGUGUGGAAUUCCAACAACUCCGCCGGACACUAUAAGAGGGCCACUACAUCUGCGAUGCAGUUGACCAUCGCGAAUUGUGGUGGCUUCGUUGCAACAUUCAUCUAUCCCAGCAAAGACAAACCACAGUAUCACCGGGGCCAUACAGUCGUCCUUGGCUUACUUGUGUUCUCAUGGUUCAUGAUUCUCUUGAACGUCCUGUAUUGCGCCAAAGUCAAUCGUGAUAAAAAGCGGGGGAAAUAUGUCCAAUAUGCUGGGUACAACGACGACAGAAACCCGGACUUCAAGCUAGUCUUGUAA